AUGUCUCGCAGCGAGAGUUUCGACAACAUAUACUUGGACCUCUCCAAGGAGAACGGCAAGUGUAGGUUUGCAGAGAACGGCCUGGGAUGGAAGCCCGCCAGCGGUGGUGAUGCCUUCACUCUCGACCAGUCCAACAUCGGCGGUGCGCAAUGGAGUCGCGCCGCGCGAGGUUACGAGGUCAAGAUCCUGCAGCGAAACUCUGGCAUCACCCAACUCGACGGUUUCCAACAGGAAGACUACGAGCGCCUGAGCAAGAUCUUCAAGAACUGGUACAGCCAUAACCUCGAGAACAAAGAGCAUUCAUUGAGGGGCUGGAACUGGGGCAAGGCGGAAUUCGGAAAGGCGGAGCUGACCUUCAAUGUCCAAAACCGACCCUCUUUCGAGGUACCCUACUCUGAGAUCUCCAACACCAACCUAGCAGGCCGCAAUGAGGUCGCCGUUGAGUUCGCGGUCAACGAGGACGGAAAGACGAAUGGCGAGGCAAAGGGCAAGAAGGCCAGGGCUGGAAAGGAUGAACUCGUCGAGAUGAGAUUCUACAUCCCCGGCACCACGACGCGCAAGGAGGCAGAAGGAGAGGAGGCCGGUAGUGACGCCGAUGAGGAAGCCAAGACCGCCGUCACCAUCUUCUACGAGACCCUCAUGGAGAAGGCUGACAUUGGCGAGACCGCCGGUGACACCAUCGCCACCUUCCUGGAUGUUCUGCAUCUCACUCCUAGAGGACGUUUUGAUAUCGACAUGUACGACUCGUCGUUCCGACUUCGUGGUAAGACUUACGAUUACAAGAUCCAAUACGAUGCCAUCAAGAAGUUUAUGGUACUUCCCAAGCCCGAUGAGAUGCAUUUCCUGUUGUGCAUUGGCCUCGACCCCCCUCUGCGCCAAGGUCAAACCAGAUACCCUUUCAUCGUUAUGCAGUUCAAGCGCGAUGAUGAGGUGACGCUGGAUCUCAACAUCACGGAGGAAGAACUGAACGGAAAGUACAAGGACAGGCUGCAGCCUCAUUACGAGCAGCCCUUGCACCAAGUUGUCACCUAUAUCUUCAAGGGUCUUGCCAACAAGAGGGUGACUGCGCCAGCCAAGGACUUUACUACACACCGCCAGCAGUACGGCAUCAAGUGCUCGAUCAAGGCGAGCGAGGGCUUCCUCUACUGCCUGGAGAAGGCGUUCAUGUUUGUGCCCAAGCCGGCCACCUACAUCUCGUACGAGCAGACGCAGUCAAUUACCUUUUCUCGCGUCGGCGGAGCUGUUUCGGCUCUCUCGACUUUUGAUAUCACCGUCCUUAUGAAGAACGGCGCAGGGUCAUCGCAAUUCAGCAACAUUAAUCGUGAAGAUCUGAAGGCUCUGGAGGAUUUCUUCAAGUUGAAGGGACUGCGUGUCAAGAACGAGAUCGACGAGGACGCGAACCUCAUGGCGGCGGCUCUUCGCGACGAGGCCAUGCUUGACUCGGACGAGGAGGUCGUCGGCGCCAAGGCCGAUCGUGGCUCAGCGGACGAGGACGAGGAGAGUGUGGACGAGGACUUCCAAGCCGAGUCGGAGAGUGACGUUGCAGAGGAAUAUGACUCGGCACAUGAGAGCUCUGGAUCGGGCAGCGACGAGAGCGAUGUUGACAACGAGGUUGAGGACGAGGAGGACGAGGAGGAGGAGGAGGAGGAGGAGGAGGAGCGGCCUAAGAAGAAGAAGCGCAGCUCGUAA